UGGAAGCUCUUUAGAAUUAUUUUGUUGGUGGUCUUGUGCUCUGUUCAUUUUUUUUUCUCCGUCGUUCAUUCAGGAAUUAAGUUUAAAAAGAAGAGGAGAUCAGCUGUCAACCAUUACAUAAAUUCAGGAGCUUCAGGGUGCGCAAAUGGGUCACCACUUCUCCAAACGAAGGCUGGCGGGCGCAGACAACUUGGCCCCAGGUCGCUUUUCGGUCAGUGAAGAGGCUCCGCCGCAUUACUCCUCUUACAGCAGUGGCAGUGAGACGGCCAUCACCAUGGAGACACCAGCUCGAAGGACGUCAGAAGUUCUGAACUCAAGGCAGGACAAUAGGCGUCCUUCCAUAUACAGCACCAUGGAUGCAGUGCCCCAUCUAGAGUUUUAUGCCAACGCUACUGCCACGGGCCGCAUCAGGCGCAGCAGACCAUCACUGGAGACUCUGCGCAAGGUUUAUGAUGAUGGAGAAUCUGGUAACACAUGUGGCUCUAGUGCGGGAAGCGUUUCAGCGCUUCAAGAGUGUGGAAAAGAGUCUGAGGAAAACGGCCCAGGAGAAAAGACCUUCCAACCAGUGCGCUUUGGAUGGGUGACUGGGGUUAUGAUUCGCUGUAUGUUGAACAUCUGGGGAGUCAUUCUGUUCCUGCGAUUGUCCUGGAUAACAUCUCAAGCAGGAAUCCUUCUUACAUGGCUAAUUAUACUGAUGUCAGUUCUUGUGACCUCCAUAACGGCGCUGUCUGUAUCUGCCAUUUCCACCAAUGGGAGAGUCUCUUCUGGUGGCGCGUACUUCAUGAUCUCCCGCACACUGGGUCCUGAGUUGGGAGGUCCCAUCGGCGUGGUGUUUUCAUUCGCCAACGCUCUCGCUUGCGCGCUCAACACGGUGGGAUUCUCGGAGACAGUCAGAGAUCUUCUCAUUGAGUAUGACUCCCAAAUGGUGGAUUCAAUCAAUGAUGUCCGAAUUAUAGGAUCCAUCACAGUCACCAUGCUGCUUCUCAUCUCAUUGGCUGGGAUGGAGUGGGAGUCAAAGACUCAGAUCCUGUUCUUCUUGGUUCUCAUGGUGUCCUUCAUCAACUACUUUGUCGGCACUGUGAUUCCAGCAACUCCCCAGAAACAGUCGAUUGGUUUCUUCAGUUACCGCAGUGAGAUCUUCUUGGAGAACCUCCUUCCAGACUGGAGAGGGCCAGACGGCAACUUCUUCCGGAUGUUUGCCAUCUUCUUCCCAUCUGCCAUUGGGAUCCUUGCCGGAGCAAACAUCUCAGGCGACCUGAAGGAGCCUGAGAUUGCCAUUCCUAGAGGGACACUGAUGGCCAUAUUCUGCACAACCAUUAGUUAUUUAGCCAUAUCUUCGACUGUGGGAGCGUGUGUUCUGCGCGACGCCUCCGGAAACAUGAAUGACAGUUUGCCGCUGAACUUCACUGAGGCGUGCGACAGUUUGAGCUGCAGUCUGGGCUGGAACUUCACUGAGUGCGAGCAGAGCGGCUCCUGCACCUUCGGCCUCUCCAACAACUUCCAGGUUUUGAUCCAAGUCUCCGGCUUUGGUCCAUUGAUCUAUGCGGGCAUAUUCGCAGCCACCCUGUCGUCCGCUCUUGCGUUCCUCGUCUCCGCACCCAAAGUCUUCCAGUGUCUCUGUAAGGACAAUAUCUACCCAUACAUUGGCUUCUUUGGAAAGGGUUAUGGGAAAAACAAUGAGCCACUGCGAGCUUAUCUGCUGUGUUACAUCAUCGCCAUGUGUUUCAUUCUGAUUGCUGAGCUGAACGUAAUCGCUCCUCUGAUCUCAAACUUCUUCCUCUGCUCUUACGCGCUGAUCAACUUCAGCUGUUUUCACGCUUCGAUCACCAAUUCACCUGGAUGGAGGCCAUCGUUUCGGUAUUACAGCCCCUGGACGGGUUUAUUCGGGGCCGUUAUUUCUGUUGUGCUGAUGUUCUUGCUCACCUGGUGGGCCGCGCUCAUCGCUUUAGGUUUAAUCAUCUUUUUAUUCGGCUAUGUGACCUACAAGAAACCUGAGGUGAACUGGGGAUCGUCUGUCCAGGCCAGUACCUACAACAUGGCUCUGUCCUACUCCGCGUCUCUGGCAGGAAUUGAAGAUCACGUCAAAAACUACAGGCCUCAGUGUCUGGUUCUGACGGGUCCUCCGACUCUGCGUCCAGCGCUGGUGGACUUUGUGGGCACUUUCACCAAAAAUGUCAGUUUGAUGAUUUGUGGAGACAUUCUCAUGGAUGAGAAGUCGGUUGUGUCCCAGCGCAACACUAAUGACAUGAUAAAGUGGCUCAAUCAGAGGAAGGUUCGUUCCUUCUACACGUCCUUCAAAGCAUCCAGUCUGAGAGACGGAGCCCGGCAUCUUCUACAGGCCUCUGGUUUGGGAAAGUUGAAACCGAAUAUACUAGUGGUGGGAUUCAAAAUGAACUGGCAGGAGAGCAGCGGUCAAGACAUAAAGGACUACAUCAACACUAUAUAUGAUUCUUUCGACUCCAACCACGGCGUGUGUGUUCUGCGCAUGAUGGAUGGACUGGACGUCCGAGACGAGUUACAGACUGAGGUCAAUCAGGCCUUUGAGGUAGACGAGGCCAUCGAGUCUGAUCAGCAGAAUUCAGACGCCGAUUCAGACGUCGACAACACAAAGAACAUGGCGAGCGAUCAGAUCAAAACUGUGUUCCAGAACAAACAAGGGAAGAAGACCAUCGAUGUGUACUGGAUCUCUGACGAUGGAGGUUUGACUUUGUUAGUGCCAUACCUGUUGACCAGAAGGAAACGCUGGAGACGAUGCAAAGUCAGAGUGUUCAUCAUUGGAGAACAGCAAACCAUGGAAAAUGACCGCAAAGAAAUGAUGACUUUGCUCCAGCGUUUCCGACUGGACGUUCAUGAUGUCAUCGUGAUGACGGACAGCGAACGACCAUCACUUCCCAAAAAUACAAGGGUCUUUGAGGAAAAAGUCGCCCCCUUCAGGCUAAACGAGGCACAGCUGGAUGAAAGGACAGCGCAACAGCAGAGAACAGAGUGUCCGUGGAAAAUCACGGACAAAGAGAUGGACGCCCUGAGACUCAAGUCGGAGAGAAAAGUGCGUCUGAACGAGAUCAUACGGAGAAAUUCGCAGCAUGCCGCACUGGUUCUAGUGUCUCUCCCUGUACCGCAGGCGGACUGUCCCAGUUGUCUCUAUAUGGCCUGGUUGGACACACUUAGCUGCGGUCUACACUGUCCUGUCCUGCUCAUACGAGGAAACCAGCAGAACGUCUUGACCUUCUACUGCCAAUAAACUGCUCACGUGAUUUACUCACUUAUGCUGGCUCUUUAUGGCAAAACAAUAUUUUUUUCAUACACUGGUCAAUUUUGAGAUUUUUGGCUAGUUGUCUUAUUUCAGACUGGUAGGGAAAAAAUACAUCCAAAAUACACUUUUAAGUGUUUAUUUUAUUGUAUUUUGUCUAUUUACGUCUGUAGAUUUCAUUUUCAAUACAUAUCUUUAAAAGCCAUUUUCUUAAAAAAAGUUUUUUUCUCCACUUCAGCAGCACUUACAUAUAUCAAAAUUUACAGCUUUAUUCUUAUCUAUAUUCUAAAGGUUUUUACAGAAGGGUUUGUUCAUAUAUCAUUCAUAUCAUUUUAAAUAACAUUUUAUUACUACAAACAUGAUGAAAAUUAUUUUUGUCUGUCUUUCUGAUUUAUGGACUGAUUAAAAAGAGAUAUCCAAAAUCCCUUCUAUAAAACCCUUUAACUGUAAUAUGUUAACAAAAUCAAACAAUAAUUUCAAACCUGGCUUUAUCCAUUGUUCAGAUUUAUGUUCUGGAAAUGUAUGCAAAUUAGAGCAUAUUAAAGUACAUAUUGCCUCAUAUGCAUAUUUAAACAUAACAUUUCAGAAAAUUUAUAAUACAAAAAAUGUUUGCAAUUCUUAAUGUAAUCAAUCAAUCAACUGGAGAAAUAUGGUGAUAUCUAUAAUUUUUGACCCUAUUCACCUGUGGCGUCGACUCACGUCGAUUUUGCUGUAAAAAAAUAUUCAAAUACUUAUCACACUUUAAAAUGUGUGCAUGUAAUUUUAUUAAUAAAUAUUAAAUUACAUUUUAUUAUUAAAUAUAUUAUAUGAGUUCAUGCAUUCCCUGAGAACUGAACCCAUGACUUUGGCAUUGUAUGAAUCUAAAUAUAUUUGGGGCCACUGUAAAUUUACCUGCGUAAUAUAUUAACUCUUCAGUAUAUCAAAUGUUUUUGUUUUGCCUUAUUCUUUGUGCAGAUUUAUCAUCUUGCUUAAAGCUCAUUAUAUGUAUUAUUGUAUUUCUAUUUUUUCUUUUUAGUGUGAACUCAUGUCUGUGUCAAGGUCUUAUAUGGUGAAGGGCUGAAGUUGCUAGAGUGAAAGUGUAAUUGAAAUAUUUUGUCAUUUUAAUUAUGUCAGUGAGAACUAUUAUGUCUUCAAUUAUUAAUCAUCAUUUUUGAGCUUUGAAAGGAGGCCAAGACACAGAAACACUCCAUGCAAUGUUUAUGUUUAUUUCAGCUAUAAUAUAUUCUGUAAGUUGUGAUGGUUAAAAUUUC